ACACAACACUCCUUCGCAAGCGGCGCCAUCAUCUCACAUUCUUCCUUUCCCUCUUCGGAAGGAGCAAACGCAAUUUGUGGUCCACUACAAGUCUACAACUAUGAAAGCUUCAUCUUCUCUUCAUCCACACCACCAUUUUCCUUCCACUAAACUUUACACUUCCAUCACCACAAGUAAAUUGCAGUGCAUCCAAGCUUUUUACUAAACCCCAUGCCGCUGGUACGAUUUGUGGGGGGAAAAGCCAAUGCGAUUUGCGUUUAGAAAAUCGGAAAAAGUAGUGCAGAAUUGCGAGUUAAGAGCUGCUGUUGAAAAAAAUAACUUUCCUAAUGCCAGUGUGAUUUAUUUUUUGAGAAAAUGACUUCCAAAAGUUAUUUUGUUGUCGUUCACCAUUGUGGAGAAAUUAUAGAUACUAUAGAGGGAACAACUUUUAGCAGCAAGAAUCCUAUAGGGAUUUUUAUUAAUUCAACAACUUCCUAUGCCGACCUACAAGACAAUAUUUUGCAAAAGUUGGAUCAGUUUGACAAGAAGCGAGUAUCUGAGAUCUUAUAUAGGCUCCCAAUAUCAUUUAGUGGAGGACAUGCUAGAUAUCAGAGAUUUCCGAUACGCAGUGAUAGUGAUAUGCAGGUUUUGUUUUACUGUCAAUCAACAUGUCCGGAGAUUCGUACAAUUGAGCUAUUUGUACGGAUUGAGGAGAUAUUUGGGAGCUCUGGAGGAUCUGCACCAAAUGUACAGUCGAGAGGAAUGGAAGGAAGCUCCGGUUCAGGACCUUUACUUGUGAGAUCGCCUUCAUUUGCAGUAUACAACAAUCAAAAUGUCAACGAAGGCGAGACAGCUCUUGGGGAUAGUCGGUCUUCUGGACGACUAGUAUUGGAAACCAUAGAACCACCCACCCAGCAUCCACCAAACCAUGAAGCUUUCGUGGAGAUGGUAGAUGUUGCAGAGGAUGUCAUUCGAGAUGAGGAUGAAGAGUCGGUGAAUAUUCCGUAUGAUAGUGAUGACAACCAAGGAAAUGACCCGUUAACACAAACUCAACGUUCUAAUUUAGAGACACAACACUAUCCUAGUCAUUUUUCCGCAUUGAAUCUAAGCGCGAUGCAACAAGUUGAUGUGGAUUUGUCUGGGUUCAUAAAGGAGGGAGAGUUCGUGAUCGGACAACGCUUUCGAAGCAAAGACGAGGCCGUGCUUGCAAUAAAGAACUACAACAUUCGUCGAGCUGUGGAGUACAAAGUGCUAGAAUCCGAUCACAGAAAGUACUGUGGAAAGUGCAGACAGUCUGAUCAAGGGUGUAAUUGGUUGAUCCGUGUAUCAUUGCGGCAAAAAAAAAGGUACUGGGAGGUCCGAAAGUACAACGGUCGACACACAUGCCUUGCAAUUAAUGUUUCAAGAAACCACCGACAACUUGAUUAUCAUGUUGUAUGUUCUUCUAUCUUCCCGAUGGUGCAAGCUGAUCCCACUAUUUCAAUUAAAUUAUUGCAGAAUUCAAUAGAGGGAAAAUUUGGGUUUAGGUGCAGUUACCGAAAAGCUUGGCUGGCAAAACAAAAAGCAAUUGCAAAGAUUUAUGGCGAUUGGGAAGAGUCGUAUAAUCUACUUCCAAGGUGGAUAUUGGGAAUCCAAAUGACAAUGCCCGGAAGUUUUGUGAUGAUGAAGACUGCCCCGGUUCGUGUCGAGGGUGUGGUUGACCCAAGUCGUGUGAUUUUUCAUCGUUUAUUCUGGACAUUUUCACCAUGUGUAGAGGCUUUUAAGCACUGUAAGCCUGUUAUUAGUAUCGAUGGCACCCUUCUGUACGGGAAGUAUGGUGGAAUGUUGAUGAUUGCCAUUGCACAAGACGGUAACUCUAACAUAUUGCCAGUUGCUUUUGCAUUGGUCGAAGGAGAAAAUAUAGAAUCAUGGAAAUUCUUCCUUACUCAUAUGCGUGAGCAGGUGACUCCUCAACCUGGCAUUCUUGUUAUAUCUGACAACCAUCCUGCCAUUCAAGCUGCGUUGAAUGCUGAAGGGAGUGGUUGGCACCCUCCUAGCGCUUAUCGUGCAUUCUGCAUUCGCCACUUGGCAGCAAACUUUGCACUCAAUUUUAAGAGUAAGGAUGCAAGAAGGGCACUUGUGAAUGCGGCGUAUGCGAAAACUGGGUUUGAGUUCCAGUACUACUUUGAGUUGAUGAAAUCUGAGAACUCAGAAAUGUGUACAUGGGCCAAUAGAUGCCCAUUGGAACUUUGGACUCAACAUCGGGAUGAGGGUCGUAGGUAUGGACACAUGAUAACCAACUUAUCCGAGUGUGUGAAUGAUGUCUUGAAGGGCAUCCGAAACCUUCCAAUUACAUCACUAGUGAGAUCUACCUAUUAUCGGUUGGCGGAGCUUUUUGUUAGUAAAGGAAAAGAGGCUGAAGCCCAAUUGGCUGCUGGACAACAAUUUUCUCAUGUUUUGACCAAAGCUAUUGAGAAGAACAGGGAAGCAAGUGGUCAAAUGAAUGUCCACCUGUACGAUAGAGAAAAUUUAGAAUUCACAGUGUCAGAAGCUGCUUCCACUGGUGGUUAUAACUUUGGUGCAUAUAGAGUGUCUUUGAAAGAACGUCGUUGUGACUGCGGAUAUUUUCAAGCAUUGCACUAUCCAUGCAAACAUGUUCUGAUAGCAUGUGCAUCUCAGAGAAUUGAUUGGACAACUUAUGUUGAUAGUGUUUAUCGGAUGAGUAGUGUUUUCAAUGUAUACAAAAUGGUUUUUUCUGCACCUCCACACGAGGACCAUUGGCCGAUGUAUGAAGGGCCUCGGGUGGUACCAGACCCAAGUCUGAUGAGGGCUACUCAGGGACGACCACCCUCUACCAGGCUUAGAAAGAACAUGGAUGAAUUUGAUGAAGGGCAACCUAAGAGGUGUGGGUUAUGCAGGCAACCUGGGCAUACAAGGAGUAAGUGUCUACAGAAUCAAGCAUCUUCGUCUUCUCAUGCAGGCAGCAAUGGUUAGAGUUAAGGGGUGGAUUAUUACCUAAUAUUUAUUUAAUGCUUUUUAUAUGUUGAACUAGUUUAUGUUACGUUUUAUGUGGUGUCUGAAUAGGUUAUGCUUUUUAUA